AUGGCAGUCUACUCCCAGCUCUCUCUGUCUAACAGGUCCUCCUGCUUGUGUCAGACCUCUACUACCUACCUGGCUUUGCCAGUCCUCUACAUUGCUAUGUUCCUCACUGGUCUGUCUGGAAACAUUCUCUCUCUUUGGGUAUUCCUGGCAAAGAUCUCCACCAAAACAUCCACCCACAUCUACAUCAUCAACUUGGGGAUUUCCAACCUGAUACUGUGUCUCACCAUGCCUUUUACUGCAGCCUACUAUGUCCUUGGAACUAGCUGGCCCACACCCAGUCUAUUGUGUCAGUUAGCCAUCAAUGUCCUAACCCCAGUUCUUCAUGCCAACAUUGGAGGUGGCAUGCUGAUCCUCACUUGGCUGGCUAUAAGUCGCUUUGCCACACUUACUCAGCACAACUAUGGGAAUCGCCCAAGCAGAUGCACCAAAGUCCUGCCCUAUGUGUUUUUCAGCAGAAUGCCGCAACCUAAGUUCGCACUGGCUAUGUGCUUAGGAACUUGGGCCUUUGUGGCAAUGGCAAUUAUUCCCACAGUAGUGAUUUACUCAACAAUGGAGACAGGCAAAACAGAGAAUACAAGUGAGCAGAUAUGUUACAAUGUGGCAGUGGAAGCAGGUGAUUCUGGCUCUCAGGCGUUUGCCAAAGUGGGCAUCUCACUAUUUUUCGUCUGUCUUCUCCUGGUGUUAAGUGCCUAUUUAGCUGUAAUUAGACACUUUCACAGGAAUCAAAUAAGCACUGCUACCUCUGACAGACGUAAAGUCUACUCAAGAGUGGUCCGCAACAUUGUGGUCAUCCAGAUUGUGAUGGUGGUCUGUCUACUACCUCACCAUAUUUUUAAGGCAAUUUUUAUCAACUUGGCAUUGCAUUAUUCUAAGUAUGGAGAACACCUAUCAGAAUGCCAUCCUCUAUCCAAGUAUGUGGAAAUUAAGAAUGUUCUUCUAUGUCUGGCAGUUUUGCGUUGUAGCACGGACCCCUUCAUUUACUUGCUACUGGACAGGAAAUUCAAAAUGCAUGUUUGUGCUUUGUUUCGGGGAAGCUCCAACACAAAAGAGAGCCAUUCAUCAAGGACUUUUGAAUGUGGACAGCUCAAUCAGUAUGACAGUGGCACUGUAAAACAGGCUGUAAACCAAGAUGAACAAUCACAUUUAAAUUAA